AUUUUCUGUGUUGGAGAUAGAAAAUAGGAAGGCAAGUUUAUUUUUCAAUUCCAUGUAUAUAUUCCCUAUCAGAAGGGAAAUAUAACUUCCUUGCAAAUUACUUGAAAGUCAUCUUCUUUCUCUCUUUGGCAUUCUUUCCAUCUUUCUUUCUCUCACAAACAUACAUUUGAGUUUGUGAGAGGGGAGAGAGAAGGGUUCAAACCUUAUUUGCUAAGGUUAGAAAAAAUAUGGGGGCUUGUGCAAGUGUACCAAAGGGCAUGAGGGCUGAGGUAAUGGCAGCCCCUCCACCGGAGCAACGGAAAGAGGAGGAAACCACCACCACAACGACUACAACAACCACCACCACGGCCCCUGAGGUGGUGGAGGUGACAGAAGACGGUGAGAAUGCCAAGCCAAAGGAGGAUGAGAAGGUGGCCGAGGAGAAAGGUGAUGAUGACAAGCACCAAUCUCUCGGAUCAUUACUCAAUGAGGGUGAAGCAGCCAAGGAAUCAACUAAAGAUGAGAAGAGCUCAGACAUCAAAGAACCAAAGGGCGAGGAACUUCCAGUAUUCGAAGCCUCUUCUUAACAAGAAAACAAAUCAAACUAAAGGUGGUUGGUUUUCAAGCACAUCUUCAGUGGUAAAAGAAAUGUAGCUACGUUCUUUGUUGGAGGCAAAUGUGGUUGAAAUGAAAAAGGAAAGGUGCCUGCUUUUUUGGUGGAUAUUGUUUUAGAAAUAUCUAUAUUUUUUCAUAUUUACUGGAGUUCUCUUCAUCUUAUAUGUUGAAUUAUUUUGUUACUGUCUUUGCAAUCACAAGCACUGUACAUUUAAGCCAUCAAGUAUCUUUCUUCCCUCAUUGAUCUGUAAUAUUUCCUGAUUCCAUGGGCCAAAA